CUCUUACACAACGACAGACUCUUUCUCGUCUUCUUCCCUCUACACACGAAUUCCGUCCAUCUCCUCCUUACCCCGUCUCCGCGAAGAAGUUUCUUGGACAAGGCUGCCAAGUAAUGUACUGCUGGCGGGGUACCUGCAGGCUCAGCCACGUGCGUGAGACGUCUCUUGCAGAUCAGGCUGACACAGUAGGUGACUCCAACACCACCACCAUGGAAUACGAACCUACGGCCUAUAGCGCAAGCGAGGAAGGGUGUUCUCCGGACUCGUCUGUGGAUGUAUCUGUCGAACCCCUCGACCUGUCCAAAAUCACGAAGAGCGGGCUUUGCGAGCAAUGUCAGAAGUUAAGGAAGGAAGAUCUCGUGAACGAAAGCACAGAGCCCGGGCCUGUAAUCCACCACGGGUCCGUAUUAUCAAUGCUGCACCGCGUGCGACGCGGGUGUCCGUUCUGCAUGUUUCUCUGGAAGCAACUGCGCAUUCCAGAGUUCUCCGAGUUCCGGUCAUGCAAGGUCUGGUCCCGUCGUCGUAUAAACCAUGAUUUGCUCCUGAAGGGCGAAUCAGAAUUCUUUGUUUAUGCGAGUGAGUCUUCUCUGAGAAUGACCAAAGGCUAUGGUACUGCGUCAGCGUCAUUUGUGACCGAUGCGUACCCUCUUAGUCAUUCGAGUGGCAGAACAAAACCUUUGACAGGAGACACGGGCUCACCUGGAACUAUGGAGCAGAUAACGCAAUGGUUGAGAGAUUGCAGUACAAACCAUCCAAAAUGUCUCAUUGGGCUUGACGAAGCAUUUGUCCCGACUCGCUUACUGGAUGUGAGUACAUGGCACAGCUACGGAAUUGUACGUUUGGUUAUGUCUCGGACGCGCCUCAGACGUCGAGAACCAUACGUUGCAUUGAGCCAUCGUUGGGAUGAUCUGGUCAGGGCCACAUCUACCACGAGAACGAAUGUCGCUGCUCGACUCGAAGUACUGGAUACCAAAGCAUUGCCUCAACGCUUCGUAGACGCCAUUAAGGUAACUAGCAGCUUGGGUAUCAGGUAUCUCUGGAUCGAUUCACUUUGUAUUCUACAAGAUGAUGCAUCAGACUGGGGAACGGAAGCAGCACUCAUGAGCAAUAUUUAUCGCAACGCACACUGCACAAUAUCCGCCUCGUUGUACUCCAGGGAACCAGCAGGCCUCUUUCGGAGGUUCGAGGUCGAGAACGACUCAACAGAAAUGAUCGUUGACGACAAGGAUGGGAGACCAACAUCUAUUCGCGUUUUCAAAGAACUAACAAGUUGGGAAUCACUUCUCAAAAACAGUCCACUUCAAAACCGUGGGUGGUGCCUCCAAGAGCGCGAGCUCUCCCCGAGAGUAUUACAUUGGACAGUGGAGCAGGUGCUUUGGGAAUGUCGCACGUUGACAAUGUCUGAACAUAGCUCUGCAAGGCAGCAAAUUAUAAGACAACGUUGGGCCUCGUUCCGAGCUUUUGACAACAUUGGGACUGUUGCCAAUUCUGAGCUGCUCGGUCUGUGGCACCGUACAGUCGAAGAAUAUACUAAGAGAGAGCUUUCGAUCACUCAGGACCGUUUCCCUGCUCUGGGCGGCAUGGCUCGUGUCGUUAACGAGCGAUUGGAAUCUGAAUAUCUAGCUGGACUGUGGGAUACCAACAUAAUUCGAGAUCUUCUUUGGUAUAUUGGAGACUCCUGGAACACUGUGUCACGCAGAUUUGAUGCAUACAUUGCGCCGUCUUGGUCCUGGGCUUCCCUGAGCGGCCCAGUUUGGUUUUUGCCCGUCUUAGAUAAGUCGAGACUCGGACCGGUAACCAUUACGCAUCAUCAUAUCGCCCUUUGUACCUCAGACCCUUACGGAGCCGUCAAGUCUGCAAGUCUACAUGUUAGGACGCCUGUGCUUGCCGGCUUCAUCGAAAAGAAAGGCGACAUUUGGUGCUUCGUAUCAGAGAAAAACUUGGCAGGGGACAACUUCCCUGCCAUCUACGGACACGUGGAUUUCGACAUCGCGGCCGAGGCUGAGCAGGUACAUGCGGUGAAAUGCAUUCCUCUGGUCGACUACCCUGAAGAGAUGACGGAUGGCCCCGACAUAUAUCGGGGCCAAGGUCUCGCGCUCGUUCCAGUCGGCGAUUCGGGUAAUACGUACAAACGAAUCGGGGUCUCAUGGCAUGUUGAUGCAGAAUUAUUCGCAGGGCUCCCUGCUGAAGAUAUCAUCAUUGUCUGACCUUGAACGGGAAUUCGAUCUUUCGAAGGAAGCCUCCGGGCAUGCUUGGAAUACACGUGUUUUACUGGCGGCGAUUUAGAUAGGUGCUUGCUUAGUAUCUAAUGAC